CAGGAUCCAGGCAACAUGGCCGACCUGGGCAAGAAGUACUGCGUGAACUGCCUGGCAGACGUCACCAACCUGCGGCUCCGCUGCACCGACUGCCCCGACAUCGAGCUGUGCCCGGAGUGCUUCUCGGCGGGGGCGGAGAUCGGGAACCACCGGAGAUGGCACGGCUACCAGCAGGUCGACGGCGGCCGCUUCUCCCUCUGGGGUCCCGAGGCAGAGGGAGGAUGGACCAGCAGGGAAGAGCAGUCGCUCCUCGAUGCUAUCGAGCAGUACGGCUUUGGAAACUGGGAGGACAUGGCCGCUCACGUCGGAGCAUCACGUACUCCUCAGGAGGUCAUGGAACACUAUGUCACCAUGUACAUCCACGGAAACCUGGGUAAGGCCUGCAUCCCUGACAAUAUUCCCAACCGGGUCACCGACCACACCUGCCCCAGUGGGGGUCCCCUGUCACCCAGCCUGACCACCCCUCUCCCCCCACUGGAUAUCACCCUGGCUGAGCAGCAGCAGCUGGGCUACAUGCCGCUGCGGGACGAUUAUGAGAUUGAAUAUGACCAGGACGCAGAGAAGCUCAUCAGCGGCCUCUCUGUGAACUACGACGACGAGGACGUGGAGAUUGAGAUGAAACGCACCCACGUGGACAUGUAUGUGCGGAAGCUCAGAGAACGACAGAGACGUAAGAACAUUGCCCGAGACUACAACCUGGUGCCUGUGUUCCUUGGCCGAGACAAGAAAGACAAGGAGAAGGAGAAACCAGGAGCCCAGGGAGUCGUAGGCCCUGCUACUGGUGUGGGCGGGGUGGGAGCUGGCGGUGGCGCAAUUGGAUCAGGUUUGGCAACAGCAGCCGGAUCAGUCUCCGUUCCAAGUACACCCAAAAGAAAGAUCACCAAGGAAGAGAAGGACCAGCGAGUGAGGCUGCGGGGGCUGUGCCAGUUCAUGGCCCAUCGGGAGUUUGAAGACUUCUUUGAGAACAUGCAUAAAGAGCGCGGGUUGAGGGCCAAGGUGCGUGAGCUGCAGCGCUACCGUCGAAAUGGCAUCACCCGCCUGGAGGAGUCGGCCGAGUAUGAAGCCGCACGCCACAAACGGGAGAAACGCAAAGAGAACAAGAGUGUGGUCACCUCCAAACGGGGCAGCGGGGGAGGCGGCGGGCUUGGCUCGGGGAUGGGACUCGGAGGCGGAGCCGGAGGGGGAGGAGGCAUUGCUGGAGGGUUAGGGCUAGGAGGCGGGAUCAAAGAAGAAGGUAAGGAUGGCGAGUUUGCUGCCAUCGAGAAUCUCACAGGCUUUGAGCUGCUGUCGGACAGAGAGAAGGUGCUGUGCAACUCUCUCAACCUCAGCCCAGCUCGCUACCUGACUGUCAAAACCAUCAUCAUCAAAGAUCACCUGCAGAAACGGCAAGGCAUCCCCGCCAAGAGCCGGCUGCCCAGCUACCUGGACAAAGUCCUCAAGAAGCGCAUUCUCACCUUCCUCACAGAAAGCGGCUGGAUAUCCCGAGACGCCUCCUAGCAUACUGCUUUGGUCAGGAAGCUGAUAGCUGAUUGGCUAGACAAAACUACUGGGGUUCACCAUUUUUUGUAUUCAAAGGUGACUUUGUGAAUAUGUACAUUGCAAAGAAGGAGGAUGCUGAGAAAAACACUUAUUUUCAUACCAAGGCUGGAAAGAAAAAUAAGCCUUUAUUUUUGCAUUUGGAAAGGGACGGGUUGAAUAUGAAUCUGUGGGUUCACACUAGCUUUGUGUCGAUACUGUUGUUACACGAUGAUAUUGACACUGCUAACAAAUAUUAUGUCGUAGUGGAGAUAUUGAAGUGUUAUUGCAACAGCUACAUUGAAGAUGCCUAUGGAGACAUUUAAAAUCCAAUAUUACAUGUGCUGGAAGUGGAGCAUUUCACACCUUCAUUUAAAUUAAUCGCCAUUGUGGUUUGUGGUUUCUGUCAUCUUUGUUUCCUGUUUCACCAGUUAAAGCUGUAUUCUGUAAUUUUCCGCAAUAAGUAGAUUUUCUGAUAGAUUUUCCCAGAAGUUAUUAUUUUAUAGUCUCUUUCCUUCUUACUGGCAUCAAGGGAAAAGAAAAAGCAUAUCUUCCUUGGUUGUUAGUAUCAGGGCUCAACAAAUGCAUUAGCAUGAAGCUAAAAAAACCUCAUCAAAGAUUUAUCAAGUAUCGGUAUGAGGGGCAGGGGGGGGUCAUACAUUGGCCAGUAGAAACAAGAAGUGCCAAAGAUAUGUGAGGAGAUGAUGUGGAAGUCAGUGUUGCAUUACACAGUCUGUCAAUCAGAGAGCGCUGUCAAAUUCAUUUUUUCAAACUCAAAACUCUCCAUUCAGUGCAAGUGGUUCCUGAUCAAAAUAAUUCAUGCAAAUGAUAUGUUUGUAUUACAAAAUAAACGGUAGCAUCAGCUGAUGUAAUAUAAAGUAAAAAGCAAUUACACAAAUUCACGUAUCAAGAAUAAAGUCGAACUUUAAGAAUACAUCAAAGGAUAUGACUGCCUCUACACAACACCUUACGUGGAUUAAUUGGCUUCUAAAUGAGUUUUACUAACAAGGAAAUAUUUUUUCUUUCAGCCAUAGACACAGUUUGGUAAUCCGUAUUAGAUUUGAGAUGUAUGUCUGUUCAGGAGGAGAAACUACACAACCUUGGAAAGAUGGAACGCUGGCAGCUGCCAUAGACUGUAUAGACAUUUCAACUUUAAUUGUCAGAUUUUGACUUUAUUCUUAAAAAUCACACAAGAAAAAACGAUAUCGUCCGACUCAUUUUUCUUUUCUUAACCCGAGUAGUCUACUGUAAUAUACUUAAGAUGAGAAGCUGAUCAAAAAAAUAUCUUUUCAUCCUCAAAUUGAAAUGUCAAUUUUGCUCUCCCUCUCUUCUCACAAGGGUUCUCACAAAUGCAUUGACAAGGGACAGAUCUGUAAACACAUGGACUGGUUCAAAACAGCCCCUUUACUUACAAAGGAUCACAAUCUGAUCACAAGAGCUCACAGGAAACAUUUCAGGGCGCAUUUUAUUAUGAGGUUUGAAUAGGAGAAGCUGGAGCUGACAACUUGUGAUCAGAUCUCUCAGGAUGGAUGUACCAGGUGAUGAACAGGGCCUCACUGUCAUCAAAAGCCUGAUCUCAGUCCUCCACAAAACUAUCCAUCCAUCCAAUUACUAUAGCAAAGUUGAUAGCAUCAGUACAGCUCCAGCUCCCCCACCUGCAACCCCAAAAGGAUAAGCAGUAUAAUGGAUGGAUAGCUUUAACACGAAAUGUGUAUUAAUCCGCCACGGGAAAUAGUCCUCAAAGUUUCCUCCUCUUUGAUCAUUUGCCAAAAAAAGAAUAUUACGGGGAAAGAACAACUACAGCUGUUUUAAGAAAAUGUAAAUUUGCACAAAUGAUCAAUGAUUUUUAAGAACCACUUUCGUUUUACUUGGUUUGUCUUUAUCCUCAUGUUUUCUCUUUGCAGUAGAACCACGCAGCUACAGUCUGUGAUACACACUGAAGAUUGAGUAGAACAAGCUUCAUAGUGAUCAGCUCCAGCACAGGGAUACCUUUUACACUAGUGCCGCUGCAUAUUGUCCCAUUGCAGACAUGUUGUGUUGCAUUUGUCGACUGUCACCGGUUGGUUGAAAAGGCCGAGCAUUGUAUUGUUAAAAUAAUAUACUAUGUCUUAUUCUCCUGAAGCAAUGAUAACAACGAUGACAUUGAAGUGGCAGCUGAAGCUAUCUGAUCCUUGUCAUUCUCCAUGUGCCACCAAAUGUUCCAACGUGUUGUGUUUUGGUGGAAAUGUCUCAAAGGCAAAUAUGGCGAUCAGAAUUUGUGUUGUUGUUCCCAUUGGAGGGAAUGAUGUGUUUUGUAAAGGUGGAGGGUGGGGAGGGAGUUGCUCACUUCAUGUCACCAACUGUAAAUAAGUUUGUAAGAUAAAUAGAAAAAAAAAUGAAAGUAUAAUUGCUGACCUGUGAAAUGUACAGUAUUUUUGUCAUGGAAUUUUUUUUUAUAGUUUUUUGUAAUUAAAAAAAAAAUCGUCCGACAAAAGAAUAACUUUGUGAGGCUUUUGGUAUUGUGAUGCCGUUUGGCCUUUGAUCAUGAUACCGGUCUGAUAAUGUUGAGCUGUGUGUCCCGUCGCCUUGUUGUCGCACACGACGAGGUGUGUAUGGAGAUGUAUUAAAAGUGCCAAUACUUUAUUAUACUAAAUGGUCCUGUUUCAUCUUCAACACACAAUAGUCGAGGACUAGUUCAUCAAUCUGUAGCAGUGGACCAAGUCUGAGCAUUAUUUGAAUGAGGUCUUGUUGAUCAGUGUUUUCAGGAAUUAUGACAGAAAUUUCACUUUCAGUGAGUAGGGGAAACAGUACAAGUAGACAUGACCUGUGCCAAGUAAUUUAAUAAUUGUAAAUCAGAAAAACACAAACCCAACAAUGUGUUUUUGCAUGUUAUUAGAUUAUCCGUCUUUCCUUGCCAAGCUUAUUGGUUCCUACUGUGGACCCGGUCACACGUACACAAAUAUGUGGUAAGCCUUGUCCUGGUUAACCUCCAUUUAGCGAGGGAGUGAUUGCACAUUUGCUUCCUGUGGUGAAGCAAAUUUGCCGUGUGGCUUCGGUGGUGAACUUUGACCUGCAACAUUUUCCUGUUUUUAUAGAUUCACUCAAACAGGGGAAAAGUGCUUUUGGGAUAAGAUAUCGGGCUUUGGAUAAGAGCUAAUUGGUCAAAUAACUUAAUUCAUUUGGGGCUUUUCAUGGAAUUUGUAGUUGAUGUGCAGUUAUCAACCCAUUAUUUAAUGCUGAGUAAAACAAGUCCACUGUCAUGUCUUAUAAUUCUACUUAUGGCAGGCAAAGGUUCAUUAUUUUAGGACAAUGAAUAUGAUCAAGUGGUUUUAAUUUUUAUUUAUUUGAAGAUAAAAUGUGUAAAAGGAAAAAACAAGUCUUUCAGUUUAUUCUGAUACUGUGACAGUCUGGACAAAGGUCAAAAUACAUCAUUAGGUUGGUUUAUAGAUACAUGACUGCUUCAUUACUGCCCAACAAGACACAGGGACACUACUGUGACUGAGGCUGGCUUAACGGACCCUGGUACCAUCCAAAUGAACCAGAGAGGUCUUACCUACAUGGAAAGGCUGAGAAAGGCCUCCCUAAGUACACAGUCAAACUUCAACCUUUCUUCACAUCCUCAAGUAUUGUUUCUCAUUUUAUUCACACAAUUAAUUCAAAAACAAAAGUCCGGAAUGAUCCCAGCAGUUCAGACUCAGCCACGCGCUUUGUGGAUGUUUUAUCACCACCUCUCACCCCCAAAAUCUGCAAAUUCAAGGGGUUCAUGAUAAUUUUACUUUUAAUCAUACAGUUCAGAUUUGUUUUGAUUGGAGGAGACAUGAAAGCCUCUGUCUGUGACCGGGUUCAUUACUUUAAUGAUCUCUGACGGUAACUGCCUGAAAUGAGACAUGACUGCUGACUAACUGACA